AUGUGUGGGAGACGGAUGAGGAUGAGGAAACCAGGAAGAGAUGAAGACUGGAUGAGGAAACCUGGAGGAGAUGGAGACUGGAUGAGGAAACCGGGAAGAGAUGGAGACUGGAUGAGGAAACCAGGAGGAGAUGGAGGCUGGAUGAGGAAACCAGAAAGAGAUGGCGGCUGCAUGAUGAAACCAGGAGGAGAUGGAGACUGGAUGAGAAAACCAGGAAGAGAUGGAGACUGGAUGAGGAAACCAGGAAGAGAUGGAGACUGGAUGAGGAAACCAGGAAGAGAUGGAGACUGGAUGAGGAAACCAGGAAGAGAUGGAGACUGGAUGAGGAAACCAGGAGGAGAUGGAUGA